CAGAGAACGGGAUUGGGUCAUCCUUGGAAAAAUGGUCCAAAUUUUAAACCACCUGCCUCUAAGCCCCCAAACAUUAAUUGAUUACAAGCUCGGAAGAGCUAUCAAGGUCCUUAAAGAGAAAUGCAAGAGUAACGACAAAGAAGAGUUGCUGUCACAAACAAUCCAACUGAUGAACAAAUGGAGCGACCAACACAACCACCAACGCUCGGCUAGAAGUGACCCAAAUACAGAAAGCAUUCGUGAUUCAGAAUCACCGCCGUCAUUUCCACCGUCUAUAGUUCCUUUGGGUUCCUCCGUUGCCGAGAAGCGCAAAUCACCUCGUAAGUAUCCACUAGUACAGUAAGUAGAUUGAUCUCAAUUAGACUUGAUAAUGAGCUAACU